AUGUUGGAAGAAGUACGAAACAUCGUUAAUGAAGUUUUUGAAAAAGAAAUGUCAAACUUAAUGGCUAAUAUAAACAAAACUAUAACCUUGACUGUCAGCACUUGCUUAAAAAGUAUUGAUAGCAAAAUUGAAGAGCUCCAACGUUCAGUAUCAUUUAUUAGCAGCCAAUAUGAUGAUAUAAAAAAGGAAAUUGAUAAAUACUCUGAUAUAUUUGAAAAACAAAGACUUGAAAAUGAAUCACUUCAAAGCACUGUUACAGAUCUAACGAACAAAAUUAACUUAAUGGAACAGCAAGCCCGUUCUAACAAUAUUGAAAUUCAAUGUGUUCCUGAGGCAAAAAACGAAAAUUUAAUUUCUAUCACAAAACAGCUAUCAAAGACAGUGGGAUACGAUAUAACUGAAAGUAAUAUUUCUCAUUGUACUCGUAUAGCUAAAAUGAAUCCGAAAUCAACACGCCCACGGUCUAUCAUAGUCCAACUCAAUAGUCCUUUGGUACGUGAUCAUCUCCUAGCUGCUGAGAUAAAGUUCAAUAAGGGACAUACAACUGAAAAAUUAAAUGCUUCUCAUCUGGGUAUACAAGGGGCUAAAUGUCCAGUAUAUGUUUGUGAACAUUUAUCAACUUCAAACAAGUUACUACACGGGGCUGCUCGACGCAAGGCUACAGAAUUGAACUACAAGUAUGUUUGGGUGCGCAGCGGCAAAAUAUUUAUGAGAAAAACCGAUAACUCUGACUAUAAAGUGAUCACAAAUAUGAAUUACCUUAGCCAAUUAACUUAA